CCGCCGCCCGCCGCCGUGCGCUACGUUGCAGCCGGCGGAGGUCCCGCUGCGUUGGCCAGGGCGGGGCGAGGCGAGGCGAACCGAACCCGGGCUGGGCCUGGCCGGACAGGAGCAGCGGCAGCAGCCGCAGCCGCCCCCGCUAUCUGACCCGACCUUCCCCCUGUCCUCCUCCACCCCUUGACGCCCGGCUCUCCUGCCCCCAGUGGCCCGGGAGGAACUGAACCAUCGCUGCACAGGAAGUAGCGGCUGCGGGGAGCAGCGGCGGCGACAGCUGGGGCUGCCGCACUCAAUGAGCGAGGCUCCCGCAGCCGCCGCCGCCGCCCGCCCCGCUCACCUCUUCCCCGCCUCCCGAGGGCAGCGGCGCAGAGCCAGCCCGCCGCCGCCGGGGGGGGGCACCGCGGACAGCAGCAGGCGGAGGCGGGCAAGGCCGCUCGCCCCGGGGCUGGAGGCUGAGGCAGGCAAAAGCAGCUCCGGCUCUUCCCGAGGAGGCGCCGGCGGGGACUGCAGGCAAAUGAGAAAGCAAAUCUCUUGAAACAUAAACAGUGGUACUUCCCUGGAGGGAGGAGAUGGGAAUUCUCCUGUUGCUCUGAGUGUUGCCAGUUGCCAGAAGUGGUCCCCAGUGGUGGUGUCUGCCCUACAAACUGUGACAGCAAAAGUGGAAAGCUGAUGAGACCCUGCUGACACAGCAAUAGGACGUGGUUUUACCAGGACAGGAUUUUAAAACACUGGAAUGGACAAUUAUUCUGAGUGACGGCCCUUGCACACGCUUCUGAGUGGUUAUCAUGGGCUUCAUUGCCUUUCUGAAGACCCAGUUCAUAGUUCACCUCCUCAUUGGGUUCGUCUUUGUUGUGAGUGGACUGAUCAUUAACUUCAUUCAACUAUGCACACUAGUCCUGUGGCCCAUAAACAAGCAGUUUUAUCGCCGGGUGAACUGUCGCCUUGCCUAUUCACUUUGGAGCCAAUUGGUAAUGCUGCUGGAAUGGUGGUCAGGCACAGAGUGCACCUUGUUCUCAGACGAGGCCACAGUGAACACUUUUGGGAAAGAACAUGUCAUUAUCAUCUUAAAUCACAACUUUGAAAUCGACUUCUUGUGUGGCUGGACUAUGACAGAGCGCUUUGGAGUGCUGGGGAGCUCCAAAGUUCUUGCUAAGAGAGAGCUACUGUAUGUGCCCCUAAUUGGCUGGACAUGGUACUUCCUUGAGAUUGUUUUCUGCAAAAGGAAAUGGGAAGAAGACAGGGAUACGGUUAUUGAAGGAUUAAAACGUUUGUCUGAUUAUCCUGAAUAUAUGUGGUUUCUCCUGUACUGUGAAGGAACUCGUUUUACAGAGACCAAGCAUCGCAUCAGUAUGGAGGUCGCGGAAUCCAAGGGACUGCCUAAACUGAAAUACCACCUGUUGCCCAGAACCAAAGGUUUCACCACUGCUGUCCAGUGUCUCAGGGGAACAGUUUCAGCAGUGUAUGAUGUAACACUAAAUUUCAGAGGAAACAAGAACCCGUCUCUAUUAGGAAUUCUUUAUGGAAAGAAAUAUGAAGCAGAUAUGUGUGUAAGGAGAUUUCCUCUGGAAGAUAUCCCUCAAGAUGAAAAGGAAGCUGCCAACUGGCUUCAUAAGCUUUAUCAGGAAAAGGAUGCUUUGCAAGAAAUGUAUAACCAGGAAGGUGUAUUUCCUGGCCAGCAGUUUAAACCUCCUAGGAGACCGUGGACUCUCCUAAACUUUCUUUUUUGGGCCACAGUGCUCCUCUCUCCUCUCUUCACGUUUGGCUUUGGAGUUUUUGCAAGUGGAUCACCUCUCCUUAUCCUUGCAUUCCUGGGACUUGUUGGAGCAGCUUCCUUUGGAGUUCGUAGACUGAUAGGAGUAACUGAAAUAGAAAAAGGCUCCAGCUAUGGCAACCAAGAAUUCAAGAAAAAGGAAUAACUGACAGCUGCAGUUCAGCACAUAUAACCAGACUAUGGUAUCCAAUUAACUUCAUUAAAAAACAACAACAACAAACACUUAGAAACUAUCUUUUUCUUAAUAACUGAUGACUAAUAUUAAUGAAUAAAACUUGAGCCAAGAAUGAAGAAGUUGGAGGCAUCAACUGAAGAGAACGCAUCAACUUUCUGCCUGUUUAAGGAUUACUGUAGUCAAACUGUGGGGAAAAAAUCUAGGG